AUGAUUGAAGGACGAGCAAAUGAACUACCUGAUUUUCAAGUAUUUCAGACGGUAAUAAAAUACUGCCUGAUCAUUAUUGUUGUACCCGUAUUCUCAUUCUUUAUUACAAAAGUUGUUUUAUUUGAUGCCAUUCUGAGAUUGGAGCCGGUUACGAGCAGCGUUUAUUCUGCAGUGGUUGCGGUUAUCGUCCUACAUGUAACGUUAGGUCUAUAUAUCUACAGAGCAUACAGUGAAACGGAGAAACCUAGUAAACCGGUCAAAAAGGAUUAA